UUGCAUUUUCAACCGGAAGCAGUUUUCAUGUCAGAGGUUGAGCACAUUGUUUUUGCUAUGGCGGCACACUCUGUUUCACACUGAAGCGUAAAUGAAUAUAGUUUUACUGCAAUAAGACAUAUAGAGCCCACUUUAAACACACAUCACCGCAGAAAGAUAUUGAGUGAGACUUCUCUGUGAAAAAUACUGUUCAAGAACUUCCACAUUUGAGGUUUGUAGAAGAGGGUAGAGAUGGCUGGAAUUCUGUUUGAGGAUAUCUUCGAUGUAAAGGAUAUUGAUCCAGAUGGCAUGAAGUUUGACAGAGUAUCUCGUCUGCAUUGUGAGAGUGAAUCUUUCAAGAUGGACCUCAUCUUGGAUGUGAACAUUCAAAUCUAUCCUGUGGAUCUUGGUGACAAGUUCCGACUGGUCAUUGGCAGCACAUUAUAUGAAGAUGGAACGCCAGAUGACGGAGAGUACAAUCCUCAGGAUGACCGGCCUUCUAGAGCGGACCAGUUUGAUUAUGUGAUGUAUGGGAAGGUUUACAAGAUUGAGGGUGAUGAGACUUCAACAGAAGCAGCCACACGCCUAUCUGCAUAUGUGUCUUACGGUGGCCUCCUCAUGAGGCUGCAGGGAGAUGCCAACAACCUUCACGGCUUUGAGGUGGACUCCCGGGUCUACCUUCUCAUGAAGAAACUGGCCUUCUAAAUCCCAGCUCUGCUCACUUAGUUAGCCUGUUCCCAAUGCCACAGGCAACUUAAUAAUGAACUGCAUAGUGAACGUGUUCAUAUUCUCAACGCUGGAGUAUGCAAACAUCACCCAAGAGCAGCUCACAGACAUGGAGGCAAUUUAUUUAGUUAUUGUAGUUACAAAAUAUCCCCUUCAAGGAGAUGGACUACAGAUUAUUGAUUGUGACACAUACAAACUGCAACCUCUAUCUGAUGGUAAACUGUAAAUAAAGAUUUCUUUUAUACUAAAUGA